CAUCGUCAGCAGCUUAACAGCCAAGAGACCCUGGAAAAUGCAAAAUAUGGUGCAAUUUAUCUCUUUUCUAGUUAUACUUGUCGCUGCAUCGUCGCUAGGCGAUGUACAGAAUGUUCCUGCCGAUACGAUCCGAGUAAAACGAGGUGGAUACUCAGGAACAGGUGGAUUUACUCAACCUACAGUUCAUUAUGCUCCUGCUCCGGGUGCAGCAGCAGCUGCAGCGGCCGCAGCGGCUGCCCAGCAAGCCACGCAGGCUGUACAAGCCGUUAACACUGUUACGAGUGGAGUAACACAAGCAGCCCAAGCAGCGUCAAAUUCAUUGUACCAGGCGAAAGCUGCCGCACAAGCUGCUCAAGCUAACCAGGCAAGAUUGCAAUCUAUUCUACAAGACAUUGCCGCUGCAGCCAAGGCGGCACAGUAUGCAGCAAAAGCUGCUUUGCAGGGAGCCGAUGCCAUAGCAGCCGCUCAGGCAGCGGCCGCUGUCAGUGCUGGGGCAGCCGUAUCCGCCGCGAAUUCCGCCCAACAGGCUGCAAAGAUCGCCCAGGCAUCCCAAGCUGCUCAAGCUGCACAGGCUGCUCAAGCAGCUGCAUAUUCUUCUGCCCAUUACGGUGGUUACGGAUCGAUUCAAGCUUCCCACCAUGCUCAACAUUUGACAUACCAGUCCCAAGCUUCGUUAGCUGAUUUAGCAGCUGCUCAGCAGGCCGCCAAUAAAGCUUAUUCGGCAGCCCAAGCCGCCCAAGCCGUAGCUGUUGGUGGUGGUGGUGUUUACGGUGGAUUCAGCAGUCACGGAGGAGGCUACGGUCAUGGAUAUUAACCAGAUGGAUUAAAGCUUUCACAGUAAAAAUCCCAUUGCCAGCAGUUCCCGCGCACGAAACAAUGGAGAAGUGGAAUGUUUACAUUUUACGAGUAUUUUUUGCUGCACAAAACAUUCACAAAAGAUUGUAGAGCAAUCUCUAACAUCACAGACACAACAUUGUACACUUGUGCUGUUAAAAAUAUAUACAGUUACUGGCUGAA